AUGCAGAUACAGAAUAAACUGAGAAUUAUCAAAAUAAUAAUAGCAUCAAGCGUAUUGGCUGCUAUUGGUACAUAUGCACUCUUGUUCUAUCUUGAGAGGGACAAUAGUGUGGCAACACAGCCAAAUAAAGCAGCAACACAGCUAAAUGAAGCGGCAACUCAGCCAAAUGAAGCGGCAACACAAAAAAAUAGAGAGGAAUCUCAGAAAGAUACAGAGCUGUAUAUAGAUAGUGAGCUGUAUAUAGAUAGUGAGGACACUCAGACAAGUAGAAGGGCAACUCAGCCAAAUAUAGUUCCAAAGACAAAUAGAGAGGCAUCUCAGCCAAAUAGAGGUCUGAAGACAAAUAAAGUGGCACCUCAGCCAUAUACAGUGCUGAAGCCAAGUAGAAGGGCAACUCAGUCAAAUACAGUGCUAAAGCCAAGUACAGUUCCAAAGCCAAGUACAGCGCCAAAGACAGUGUUGGAGACAAAUGAAGUGUCAGAGCCAAAGACAGUGUUGGAGGCAAAUGAAGCGGCACCUCUGUCAAGUACAGUGCCAGAGACAAAUAAAGUGCCGGAGAUAAAUUAUAGCCCUCUAUUGUACACAGACAGCAUAGAGCUUACACAGGAAGAAAAAGUCGAAUUUGUGCGUGCAGCGCUAGAGCGCUCGAAAGGGAUGGGACUUUGGGUGUUUAUUACUGAGUUGGGAAUGUCACUGCAGAUGCGAAUAGUGCUUUUGGAUGAAGUUUCGAAGAACCCUGUUCUGGAGCAGCUAAUAGAAAAGGAGUUUGGGACAGGGGUUGUUAAAGAGCUCCAGGAGAUAAUUAAAAAGCAUGCGCCGAUGGUAUACAAAAACCAUAGUGAGGCAGAGGAGGUAGUAAUUUCAAAGGAGAGCCCAUUUUUGAGCAUUGGUGAUGUGCUGGUCAGGCAGAAGAUGCACAUAGAAAAUGACAAGGAAAUGCAUGCACGAGAGGUGAUUCUUCUAAACAAAGGCACUAACACAUGCUUUCUAAACACAGCAAUCCACAUACUGCUGGGGAUUCCCGAAAUACAGAUGGAUCUUUGGAGAAUAGAUGAAACAUAUAUUUCAAUCGCUGAGAGUAGUGCAGAUGAUGUGCCAAAACACAGCGAUGUCUAUCUAGAGUUACUAUUACUGAAUAUAACAUUUGAAAAGUCGGAUGUUUUUAGCGUAGUGCGAUCAUUGCAGAAAAUACUUAAAGUGGCAGCAGAAUACAAGAAGGAAGAAAAUAGCGAGCUAUUAGAGACAAUCCAUAAAGAGAAGAUGAAGAUAUAUCACAUACUGGAUAAGAAGAUGAAACUUUUUGAAAAGGGAUCUAAUGGAAUGCGUGACAAGUAUAGCUUGGGGCAGUCAAAGGAAGCCUAUACAAUUUUGUACAACAUGAUGGUGUUCUUCUACCAAUUCUGCCCGUACAUCUGCAAUGGAUUAGAGGUCCAGGGAAAGCGCGUAGUGCGGAUGGCAGAGGUCAUUCAGUGCAAAGUCCCAUAUGAAGGUGGAAAUAAUCAGACUGGGCAUGAUAUUGCAUACGAAGAGUGCGAUCAGAACGAAGUCGCAAUUCUAACAAAUGAAAAUCAUGGUGCGUGCACUAGGCAUUUUGUGAACUGCGAGGAGCACACAUACCAUCCAGUGUACAUCCCAGAAAUUUCUAAUCCUUCAGAGACUGUAAAAGUGCGAAAGCACAUCUCAAAAAUCUUUAAAGUGAGGUUUGAGCAUGUGCACGUGUUUGUGCAUAACCUGCAGAAAAAGACAUGGAGAUACUCACCGCCAGAUAGCAAAGAGGUUGUUGAUGGACAAAACGAUAUAUGCGUGUUCUACUACAUUCCUGAAACAGAGAAUCCUACAAGCACAAAGCCCUUGUUCCUUGUCGACACGCCCUGCCCAAAUAACACAGAACAAAAGGGUGUUCGGCUGCCUGUCUUUGUGAAUGAGUUCAUGCUUACUGCUAUGAAGGCGUUUGGGUAUGUCUGUACUGAGAACAGUCUGUGCAUUACUAACCUGGGAGAAGUAAAUGAGCGCUCUGUGCGCAUUUAUGUGCCUCCUCAGAAUAAAAAGAACAAUUACUUCAGCGGGCUAUACACAAGAGACGAUGCAAACAUAGACUUUCAGGUUACACAGGGAAGCAUAGAUGUAAAGAGCGACGGCGUGGUCUUUCUUGUGCGAGUGGUUAGGCGGGGACAGUACUACUGCAUGGUUGUUGGAAACCCAGCUGUUACAAGUAGCAAUUCUGUAAACCUUCUGUGUGAUGCACACAACUACAAUGCACAUGGAAUAGCGCUUUUUUAUACCCACCAUUAUGUGGCGUAUGUAGCAUCAAACAAUGCAAGCACAUCACCAAACAUAGGCUACAUAUAUAAUGAUCACGCUGGACUAGAAAAGAAAGGUGUGCACACCCCGAAUUGUAUAAGCCUAGAUCCGAUAUAUACAGUUGACUACAUGAUUCUACAUCCUGAUCGAAAAACGGAACUGCAGACCCUGGGAUUUAACGCCUGUUGUGUAGAAAUGCUUCUAUCUUAG